AUGCUCAUCACAAAAACAUUCCACGAUAUCCCUACCAAACUCGACGCCAACGGUCGUCCUAUCAGAAUAUUUAUCAUAUCGCCUCUUGUGCAGAACUAUCCCCACGCAAAGUUUCCUGGCGUUGUUGUCUUUAGUGAAAUAUACCAGGUCACUGGGCCAGUUGAACGCUUUGCUGGACAGAUUGCCAGUCAGGGAUAUGUCGUUGCAUGCCCCUCCGUUUAUCACGAAUUUGAAGGACCGGAGGCCAUUCCAUACGACGCAGAGGGAACCGACAGAGGCAACAAAUAUAAGAUCGAGAAGGAAGUAGCAGCGUAUGAUGAGGACGCAGCCCUUUCCAUCGAUCUCCUUACGUCUCUCCCCAAUUGCAAUGGGCGUAUCGCAGCGACCGGGAUGUGCCUUGGAGGACACCUUGCUGCGUUCGAUCCUCGCGUGCGGGCCUCUGUGUGUUUCUUUGGCACCGACAUCCACAGUGCGACAUUGGGCAAGGGAAAACAGGAUGAUUCCUUGAUUCGCGUUCGCAACGGCGACAUGACUGGGAAAGGCGAACUAGUGAUGAUCUUCGGAAAGCAGGACACUCAUGUUCCUCGCGAGGGGCGUGAUCUCAUACGAAAGACGCUUGAUGACGCCAAUGUAACAGUCUCGUUUAUUGAAGUUCAGGCCCAACACGCUUUUGUCCGGGAUGAGAAAUCUAAAGGACGCUGGGACGCCGCCCUUACCAGGUCUCUUUUCGGCUUCAUGAUGGAAGUAUUCGAGCGUACAGUGGGCCGGGAUCUUGGACCAAAGGUCGAGGAUACUCAGCCGCUUCAACAUGUGUGUUGA